CGUCAUUUGCGCAAUCAGUACUUCUUCAAGAUGGCUCCUCUCGCCCUGAACCGUGCUGCUUCUCGCGUCAGCGCUCCAGCUGCGAGCCCACGGAUGGGCGCUGUCCGGGUUCCUCGCACGAUCGUUUUUGCACAGGAGCCUCGCUUUACGCUUGAGAACAGCAAGCAGGCGGCCGAGGGCUUUGUGGAGAAGGAUACUGCUGGCCAGAGCAACAUGUAUCCCACAAUUAUGAAGCCAUUCGAGGCGGGCAGCGCUGCUGACACCGUUCAGCAGGACUCUUUUAACAACGCUUUGGCUGUGGGCUCCACUGUUUUGGCUCUGGGUGCCAUUGGCCUGGGUCUCACGGCGCUCAUCAACACCGGCGGCAGCGCACCAGCUCCCGACGUGGAGGAUUACUCUGCCUACCUGUCACUGUCCGCUUACUCGGCCAAGUUCUCGGAGCAGCUGGCGCCGCUCAAGGUGGUCUCCGUCCCGGUGGUGGCGGAGGUGGUGGUGGCGCCCCCGGUUGCCGCGGAGGAGGUGGCGGUGGCGGUGGCGUCACCCGUUGAGGUUGCCGAGGCACCGGCGCCGUAAGGUGGUGCAGACGGCGGCGCCCGUAUAUUCAACUAACUAACUAACUGACUGGCUGUGGGAAGAGAGGAGUGGCCCCCGCUAUAUCCGCCUUAGGUUCCUCUCUCCGGUGGGGGGUGGGGUGGGGUGGGGGUGGGGCGUCGCUCUCGUCGGAGCUGCAGCAAGAGGUUUUGGCCUCUGCUUGUUUGCAUGCUGGCCCUUUUUCCGCUCCCUCUCUCUCUCUCUCCCCCUCCCGCUCUCUUUUAUCGUCCGAGGGGGGAUUCACGGGGAACGAGGACGACGACGAGUGUGUUUGAGCGGGAUAUGGUGGUGGGCCGGAAGGGGAAACGGAACGCUCGUCCCCUCUGGAGUGCGGCAACGAAAGUGCCUUUUUCCUCGUCGGCUGUCAGAGUCAGAGUCGGCAUGGCGCAGCUUUUGCGAGGUCGACGUUUGUUGCUACCUUGGCCCACGUUGAUGUGAGGUGAUGUAGUUUUAGUAUGAUAGGGGGGUGGAAUCUCUACGGGGCCCUUGAGCUGCAUUGCGGCUUCAUCUUAAGUCCCCGUGUUUUGCUGGCGUACAGUGCUACCGAUCCCGCGUGGCAUCGUAUGAUGCUGGGCAUGUCGUCGGGUCAGCCUCUCGCAUGACGCAAAGGAUGUGUGUGUGUAUGAUGGGGGAAGAGAGAGAUGGCGUGAAAGAGGAGGAAAGGGAGGAAGAGGAUGUUGCGAAUGCUGGUCGUGUAUCUGGGAAGAGAGGAUGGUGUGCUGCUGGGCGAAGGGGCGGGUGGUAGAGGAGGAGAGGCGCGAGUUGCAGAAGGGGAGAGCUACUGUUGACUUCCUGUCUGCGUGGUCCCACACACUCCGCACUGACCACCACCAUCACCUCGGCCGAUGGAUGGAAGGACCGGACAUUAGCCAACCCUAGGCAGUUAUGCGGUCCUUUCCUUUUUGGAGUUUUUCUAACAGCUCUUGGGGGCUUCUACCGGAUUUUGUUCUCCUGGUUGGCUGGUCGCCGAGAUACGUGGGAAAUGUUUUGUCUCGGUACAGCUCGUUUUGACGGCCUCACUGAGCUGUCCGAGAUGACGGUCGUGUCGGAGAAGAUUUUUUGGGGAGCUUCCGAGCCGCCUGGAAAAUGUCUCUGCAUCCAGCGUGCGCAACGCUGUCGUGCGAGGCGCUUUCGUGCUUGAAUUGAGGGAACGUGUUGGUUCCGUUCUUGCUGUCCGGCACUAUGUUGUUUGUCAACACCAUGCCGGUGCCAGCGGUGUCGUUUUGAUGUUAUUCUCUCCUUUCCUCACCCUUUUUUCCUGAGCUCUCCUGUAACCACCAUCACUUCUUCUGCGG